AUGAAGCUCUCUUCUCUCUUCAAGACCUCAUCAGAAAGUAGUUCAUCUUAUUCUCCAUGGCCAUGGCCACUGCCAGCUUGUGGCAAACCUAAAACCCUAUCUUUUAGAGCAGAAGAAAACAUUUUCAAGACCCUAAACUCUACUUAUCAGCUUGAUGACAUGACUAGUUAUAGUCUUGAAGAUCAUGAGUUCUUCAGUGAAUCUGAACGAAGCUUUUCUAAUACUACUAUUGAUGCUUCAGAGCUCUCUAUUGGUCACCAUGAUUACAUAGAGACAGUAAUCAGAGGGCUGAGAUUAGAGAAAGAGAGACUAUUUUUUGAGCCAGAAAAGACAAGUUCUAUUAUACUUGAAGAAACCAACAAGAAUAUUAAUGAUGAAGAAGAAGAAGAAGAAGGUAAUAAUAUUACUCCACUAUUCAAGGAGAGUACUGUACUAAUGGCAUUGGAUUCAAAGGAUCCUUUUGUGGAUUUUAGAAAAUCAAUGGAGGAAAUGGUGGAAGCUUAUGGGAUUCAAGAUUGGGAGAAUCUUGAAGAGCUUUUGACUUGUUAUUUGAAGGUUAAUUGCAAAAGUAACCAUGGUUAUAUUGUUGGUGCUUUUGUUGACUUAUUGGUUAGUCUUUCUUUUACUAGUGAGAAUAUUAAUAGUGGUUCUUCUUCUUCUUCUUCUUCGUGUGCAAUAAUGGCCACUAUUGUUGAGGAAAAUUGUUUAUCUUCAACAAUUACUAGCCAUUCUUUCACAUCUCCAUUGUCAUUUUGUUCUUCUAUUUCAUCUACUACUAGUACUAGUGCUUGUUUGUCCUUGUUAUUAGAAGAAGCUGAGAUUAUUCAGCAAAAUGUUGAUAGCAGUACUGCUUCAUCCUCUCAUAUUUGA